AUGGAACAGAAAGGGUUGUUCCUGGCGGUAUCAUUAAGAGGACAAGCACAAGAUGUCCUUGGAAAGCCCGACGACCGGCAACAGCAUUACUCAAUACUGAUAAAGUCUCUCGAGGAUAGGUUUGCGCCGCCACACGAAACAGAACUAUACCGUGUCCAAUUGUGGGGUAAGAGGCAAAAGCCUGGGGAGACCCUGCGAGAGUUAGGGCAGGCAGUACGGAGACUAACGACCCUAGCGUAUCCUACAGCACCAGAAGAGAUACAGGAAACACUUGCCAAGGAGCAGUUUAUCGACCCUUUAAUUGAUUCCGACAUGCGUAUAGGAAUAAAGCAAUGCCGACCUUCUAACUUGAACGAAGCGGUACGCUUAACACUAGAGCUGGACAUGUAUAAGCGGGCUGAAAAACGUCAUGAUGACGGGACCGGCUUCUUGCGACAGACCGUUGUAGAAGACGAGGUCACAGAGAGUAGCGCACCGGAAAACGAGCUGGGGUUAAUGAUAAAGGCAUUGACAAAUCAACUGGCAACCUUACAGAAGGACGUAGGUAAAUUGAAGUCUGUCACUGCAUCAAGUACUCGGGAUCAGCAAAGGAAAGAGGCUGGAGAGACAAAAGGCAAUGGGAAGUUCCGGUGCUAUAACUGUAGAGAGCAGGGGCAUAGCAAACGGAAUUGUCCAAAGUGA